UUUGCUGCUCAGCAAUAGCUUACUGCGGGUCGAACUCAGUUGAAGACGCGAUUCAGUGCUCGGCGGACAACGUGAUUAAACAAUUCGAAAGUGAAAUUAGAAACACUAAAUAACAUUGAACAAUUUAUUCUUCUACCUUUUCUAAGUAAAAUCGUGUAAUAGUUUGCGGCUGUAUCCAUUACUCUGUACUACAAAAUCGAAGCUAAAUUGAAUUCAUAAGUGUAACCAGUAGCGCAAAUUAUCAGAGAUUAUUCCAUGCAUACAUACAUAUGUAUGUAUGUUAGCCGAUACCGCAUGUAUUAGUAAAAAUAAUAUAUCUAACAUAAGCACAUAUUGUAUAUAUGUAUGUACAUAUGUAGAUAUAUACACUAGUGUGGUGCGCAUUGUGCGAAAUAUCAUUGCGAUGAAGUGUUAAAUGAACAAUUAAAAAAUAUUCAGUUACGAGUUAAGUGGAAAAAAUAACAGCCGAAUUAUGGAUACUAGUGAGCACGAAUUGAGUGAUAUUAUUGAGAUCAUAUCGCCCGAACUGGAUGAUAUUUCAACCUCUUCGAAACCUUACCUUCGUGUUGUAGAGCAGCCUUCGAGAAAACCGAUGAGAUUUCGGUACAACAGUGAAGGUCGUACAGCCGGAAAUAUACCUGGUGAGAAUUCAUUUCAGGAAACCAAAACAUUUCCUACUGUCGAAGUCGUAGGCUACGAAGGAAAAGCGCGGAUUCUGGUCUCUUGUGUUACAAAGGAUAAGCCUUUUCGACAACAUCCACAUCAGUUGGUAGGUCAGGAUUGUAAACAUGGUUAUUGUAUAAGAUAUGUUGGACCCGAUACCCCACUACGUGUCGAACUCAGUAAUAUUGGAAUACGAUGUGUAAAGAAAAAAGAAAUUUCGGAGUCUUUAGAGAUGCGUAAAAGUAGGAAAAUUGACCCUUUCAAGACUGGGUUUGAUCAUAUAACUGAUCCGAAUUCAAUUGAAUUGAAUUCAUUACGUUUGUGCUUUCAAGGCUUCAUAAAGGUUGGGAACGGUUGGAAAGCGCUAAGCCCAGUAGUGUCGGAACCUCUCUAUGACCGAAAAGCGAAAAGUGAAUUACUCAUUAGUCGACUUUGUAGCUGCGCAGCCACUAUUGAUGGAGGAGAUGAAAUAAUUUUGCUCUGUUCGCAAGUUAAUAAAGAUGAUGUGAAAAUUCGCUUCAAAGCGAUCGAUAACAAUCGCGAAGUUUGGCAUGCAUACGCCGAUUUUGAACCGUCCAAUGUACAUAAACAGACAGCAAUUGCAUUUCGUACACCACGUUAUCCUCAGGCAGAUUUGCCAAAAACUGCCAAGACAUACAUUGAGUUGGAAAGACCUAGUUUGGAUAAACGGAGUGACGCUUUGGAGUUUGUGUUUCAUGAUCCAGGUACGCUAUCCUUUGCCAGCAUGCGUCGCAAACUUAAGCGAAAGCAAGAAGUGGAUAUAUUUCAACAUAUAUUGUCCAUGGAUAGUGAAACGACUGCAACAAAAUACUCUUGCCCCCCUUCUGAUAUUGAUUUCGAUUUGGAUGAUAAUGCCACAUUAUCAACAGAACGCACCGAGAGUACCGUUAGCAAGCAACAUAGUUUAGAUACACUUAAUGAAACCGAAAGUAUAGCUAUAGCUCGGCGCAGAAGAGAAAGUAUUACCGACGGUGAUGGAGAUAUUGAAUUUGAUAGACCCAAUGAUAUUGAAUACGAUUUCGAAGCGCCAACCAUGAAAUGUCAAGCUGUGGAUGCAGACACUCAAACAUCGACACCAAUGGAUGAGAUACUUAAGCAUCCAUCACUAAUUGAAUCGCAUUCAUUAUCCGCAGUCGAUAAAAUCACUGAAUGGAUGCACUCUAAUGAGUUCGAACGAACCGACAGCUUGACAGUUGAAAACGGUGAUACAACUUCAAUCAGUCCAAUAACAGUAUAUACCAUCAUGGCAAGUUUAUCAACUAACCACACGACCAUAUCGACUGCUACUGACGACGACAAAACCAUUACUGAUCAAAUGGAUCAAGUGCCCGAACUCGAUGAUAUGGUUACAGAAACAAAAUCUCGACGGGGCACAUUUGACAGCCCUAUGAUACAGAACUUGUCAUUAGGUGGGUCACCGAUUUUCGACAAUAAAUCCAUUGAAACAAUGGUGGAGGUAGUCAACACAAGAGGGGAAGAGAAUUUUGAUGAGGCCCCAACAUAUAAAAAUUUACAAAAUACUCUAAAAAAUCCAUUUUCUAUUGAUUAUUUAGACACAAAAACGAUUGGAGGAGCUACUAAUGACGAACUUGACUUGGUGGUAUUGAAAAAUCCCCUCGCUCCAAAAAUACGGGUAAAUGUUGCCCAAACGCCUCCAUCACCAUCUUCUCCUCCACUACCUUUACCACCCCGUACACCCUCUCCCGGUCCUGAACAAAGCCUUCCUCCAAUUCCACCGAAAAGAAAAACUUCACAAGAACUCGGUACAAACUCAUCGGUCACACACAGUUCAUUGGAACUUUCUCGCACAAGUAGUGUUUCCUCACGACAACCGUCACAAAUAAUCAUUAAACGAACUCCUGAUCAAAGUCCAACUAAACGACAAACUACACCCACUUCAUCACCAAAGAAACGUCAAGGUUUUUUCUCUCGACUUUUUUCACGGCGCAAAAGUAAAACUGAAAUAAUGAGUAACGAUAAAUCCGUAAAAAAUCAAUCAACCAAAGUGACAACACUUUCUGAUAGUAGGGAACCUAGUAUUGGAAACUUUUCUAUCGGUGAACCGAAUCGGUGCUCCCUACGCUCGAUUAAGUCUGCAACGCAACAAGUGAAUUCCAACUAUUUAGAUUCCCACAACAACGUUGCUGAACGAAAUGAGAGCAAUAGAAAUGGUAAACCGGUUGGUCGAAGUGUAAGUAGUAUUUCUGGCAAGAGACCGGCACAUUUAAAUACAGACGUAGUUCACAUCCCUCUAAAAGGUGAAAACGCUAAGAGUUUACCCUCUCACGAAGGGAAGGCUUUCACUUUUGGUCAGUAUUUGGACCGCAGAACUCUUAGUGCUCUUCAAUUAGCUGAAAUACCCAUUUGUGAUGGGAAGAUGGAACUAGUAGCUAUUGCUGAUAGACAAAGCAUAAAAAAUCUAUGCGAAGGUGAAUUCGGUGUCACGCUCGAUCCUGAGGUAGAUUUACAAGAGGCCGAACACUUCGCACUAUAUACGAGUAUACCACCGGAGCGUCAAAUCACUGCGAAAAAUUCCGAUACUGAGUUGCAGGUUUGUACGUCUAUGGACGACGAACAAGCCGUAACAGCUGACGAAAUCGCCAAACGACUGAACGAAGCAAAUAGAAUGCCAAUUUUUUAAUACUUGUGCAACAUUUUUCAAUUUAGGGAAUUGCAAUGCAAAUAUUACAUAUGUAUAAGCAUAUUUUCAAGAUCUGAAAAGAUUCAUAUUUAAAACCACAUAAAUAUUCGAGAUGUCUCAUAUAUUUCCAUUAUAGAUCGUUAUAAAAGAGAAAGAAAACGUCGGAAGAUUAGUGGAGAAAGUCUCAUAA